AUGAGUUACGGAAGGCCACCACCGCGUAUCGACGGCAUGGUGUCGUUGAAAGUGGACAAUCUAACGUACCGCACUACGCCUGAAGAUUUGCGUCGAGUAUUCGAAAGAUGUGGCGAAGUUGGUGAUAUAUAUAUACCACGAGACCGGUAUACGAGAGAAAGUAGAGGAUUUGCAUUCGUGAGAUUCUACGACCGCCGUGACGCUGAGGAAGCACUGGAUUCUUUAGAUGGGCGCAUGCUGGAUGGCAGGGAACUCCGUGUACAGAUGGCGCGCUACGGUCGUCCAUCGUCGCCCUAUAGAAGCCGAUAUGACCGCCGUGGUCGCAGCCAAUCACGGUCUCGUUCACGUCGUCGCUCCAGGUCCCGUUCCCGCUCUCGCAGGCGGUCGUACACCCGCAGCCGCUCUCGCUCCCAUUCGCGUUCACGUUCCGAUUCAAAGAGCUCGCGCGGCAGGUCACGCAGUCGCAGCCGUUCCCGCUCUCGCUCUAGGCAUUGA